GCCCUCCUUUUGGCUGGGGAACGAGACCUUGAGAGUGCCUGUCGCGCUCUUUGCCCUGAACCGGAGGCGACUGUGUGAGCGCCUGAGGCGCAACAAGGACGUCCAGAAGAACUCGGUUGUGCUGCUGCAGGGUGGAGAGGAGACCCAGAGAUACUGCACUGAUACUGGCAUUCUGUUUCGCCAGGAAUCUUACUUUCACUGGACUUUUGGGGUCACUGAAGCAGGCUGCUUCGGCGCGGUCGAUGUCGACACGGGGAGAUCCAUGCUCUUCAUCCCACAGCUCCCGGAAAGCUAUGCGGUUUGGAUGGGAAAGAUUCAUCCCCCUGAAUUCUUCAAGAAAAAGUAUGCUGUGGAUGAAGUCCACUACGUGACCGUGAUAUCCAGUGUCUUGGCUUCGAAGAAACCUGCUGUGCUUCUCACUUUGCGUGGUGUGAAUACUGACAGUGGCAAUAUCUCCAAGGAAGCUUCAUUUGAGGGGAUCAGCCAAUUUAACGUGAACAACAAAAUCCUUCAUCCUGAAAUUGCAGAAUGUCGUGUGAUUAAGACAGACAUGGAGUUGGAAGUUCUGCGCUACACCAAUAAAAUCUCCAGUGAAGCUCAUAAAGAGGUAAUGAAGGCAGUAAAAGCUGGAAUGAAGGAAUACGAGCUGGAGAGCCUGUUCCAGCACUACUGCUACACCCGGGGCGGCAUGCGCCACACGUCCUACACGUGCAUCUGCGGCAGUGGGGAGAACUCGUCUGUGCUGCACUAUGGCCAUGCUGGAGCCCCGAACGACAAGACUAUUGAAGAUGGAGACUUGUGCCUGUUCGAUAUGGGAGGAGAGUAUUACUGCUAUGGCUCUGACAUCACGUGCACCUUCCCUGCCAAUGGCAAGUUCACUGCUGACCAGAGGGCUGUCUACGAGGCCGUGCUGAAGUCAUCACGGGCUGUGAUGAAAGCAAUGAAACCAGGGGUCGCCUGGCCUGACAUGCACCGUCUGGCUGACAGAGUCCAUCUGGAGGAGCUGACCAGAAUUGGCAUUCUGAAAGGCAACGUAGAUGACAUGGUGAAGGUUCAUCUGGGUGCAAUAUUUAUGCCACACGGGCUUGGACAUCUACUUGGAAUCGAUGUGCACGACGUUGGAGGCUACCCAGAGGGAGUGGAGCGCAUCGACCUGCCGGGGCUGCGGAGCCUGCGCACCGCGCGCAGCCUGGAGCAGGGCAUGGUGCUGACCAUCGAGCCGGGCAUCUACUUCAUCGACCCCCUGCUGGACCAGGCCCUGGCAGACCCUGCCCAGGCCUGCUUCUUCAACAGGGACGUCCUGCAGCGCUUCAGGGGCUUUGGUGGGGUGCGGAUCGAGGACGACGUGGCGGUGACAGCCAGCGGAGUGGAGCUGCUCACCUGUGUCCCGCGCACCGUGGACGAGAUCGAGGCUUUCAUGGCAGGAGGCCAAGGCACUGCCAAGUCCUUCGAUCGCCUCCAAAAGCAGUAA